AUGGCCAGCGGCGCGCGGCCAGCCUUGCCGGGCGGUCACGACCUUGGCGAACAGCUGUACUUUACGGGCUCGAACAAGUCGUUUGAGAGUGGCGAUAAGCUCGUGCACGGCCAGCAGGGCGAGGUCGUCGGCCCUGCGACCGGCGAGCACCACGGCAACGGCCUGCAGAUGCUGUUUCCGGGGAACAAAGGCUCCAUAAACUGCUAUCUGUACCAGUUCAGCGUCGAAAAGCCGCCGCCUCUGCCGGGCGGUCACGAGCUUGGCGACCAGCUGUACUUCACGGGCUCGAACCAGACGUUUGAGAAUGGCGAGACGCUCGUGCACGGCCAGCAGGGCGAGGUCGUCGGCCCUGCGACCGGCGUGCACCAAGGCAACGGCCUGAAAGUGCUGUUUCCAGGGAACAAAGGCUCCAUAAACUGCCGUCUGCUCAGGCUCAGCGUCGAAAAGCCGCCGCCUCUGCCGGGCGGUCACGAGCUUGGCGAACAGCUGUACUUUACAGGCCCGAACUAUUCAUUUGAGAAUGGCGAUAAGCUCGUGCACGGCCAGCAGGGCGAGGUCGUCGGCCCUGCGACCGGCGAGCACCACGGCAACGGCCUGCAGAUGCUGUUUCCAGGGAACAAAGGCUCCAUAAACUGCCGUCUGCUCAGGCUCAGCGUCGAAAAGCCGCCGCCUCUGCCGGGCGGUCACGAGGCCGGCGACCAGCUGUACUACACGGGCCCGAACAAGUCGUUUGAGAAUGGCGACAAACUUACGCACGGCCAGCAGGGCGAGGUCGUCGGCCCCGCGACCGAGGGCACACACCAAGGCAACGGCCUGAAGAUGCUCUUUCCGGGGAACAAAGGCCACGUAGACUGCUCUCUGACCAAGCUCGUUCGCGAGAAGCCGCCACCUUUGCCGGGCGGUCACGACCUUGGCGACCAGCUGUACUACACGGGCUCGAACCAGACGUUUAAGAGUGGCGAUGAGCUCGUGCACGGCCAGCAGGGCGAGGUCGUCGGCCCCGUGACCGUGGGCACACACCAAGGCAACGGCCUGCAGAUGCUGUUUCCGGGGAACAAAGGCCACGUAAACUGCUCUCUGCUCACGCUCAGCCGCGAGCAGCCGCCGCCUCUGCCGGGCGGUCACGACCUUGGCGAACAGCUGUACUUUACGGGCCCGAACGAGUCGUUUGAGAGUGGCGAUAAGGUCGUGCACGGCCAGCAGGGCGAGGUCGUCGGCCCUGCGACCGGCGAGCACUACGGCAACGGCUUGAAGUUGCGGUUUCCGGGGAACAAAGGCUCCAUAAACUGCUAUCUGUACCAGUUCAGCGUCGAAAAGCCGCCGCCUCUGCCGGGCGGUCACGAGCUUGGCGAACAGCUGUACUUUACGGGCCCGAACUAUUCAUUUGAGAAUGGCGAUAAGGUCGUGCACGGCCAGCAGGGCGAGGUCGUCGGCCCUGCGACCGGCGUGCACCAAGGCAACGGCCUGAAGCUGCUCUUCCCAGGGAAUAAAGGCCCCAUAAACUGCCGUCUGCUCAGGCUCAGCGUCGAAAAGCCGCCGCCUCUGCCGGGCGGUCACGAGGCCGGCGACCAGCUGUACUACACGGGCCCGAACAAGUCGUUUAAGAAUGGCGACAAACUUACGCACGGCCAGCAGGGCGAGGUCGUCGGCCCCGCGACCGAGGGCACACACCAAGGCAACGGCCUGACGAUGCUCUUCCCAGGGAACAAAGGCUCCAUAAGCUGCUAUCUGCCCCGGCUCAGCGUCGAGCAGCCGCCGCCUCUGCCGGGUGGUCACGACCUUGGCGACCAGCUGUACUACACGGGCUCGAACAAGUCGUUUGAGAAUGGCGAUAAGCUCGUGCACGGCCAGUCGGGCGAGGUCGUCGGCCCCGCGACCGACUUUCACCAAGGCAACGGCCUGAAGAUGCGGUUUCCAGGAAACAAAAGCUGGGUAGACUGCAGACUCGCCUUGCUGUCCCACGAGCUGAGCCUGCCCGGUGGCUUCAGAGUGGGAGAGGAGCUCUACUUUAUUGGCGGAGGGUUCGUCGACGAGCAGGGGGACAAGGCCGUGUUUGGCUGCCGAGGAUCGGUCACCGGCCCCGCCCGCAACGGCGACGCUGACGCUGUUUCCAUGUCUUUCUCCGGCAACCGAGGGGACGUGCACUGCCGGGCCGAAGAGCUCAGCCGCGAGCCGGCGCCCUCGCUUCCUGGCGGCUUCAUUCUCGGCGAGCAUCUCUACUUCACCGGAGAAGACCAGAUCGUCGGGCGCGGCAUCCUCGUGCGCGGCUCGCGUGGUGAGGUGGUGGGCCUGGGUUUGGAGCCGGACAGCCUCGCGAUGCGCUUUUCGAACAAGGUCUUGUUUUCCGGUAACCAGCCGGUCAACAUCGCCUCCCUGAGCCGCGACGAUCCGUGCGCCGUGUCGUCCGUGCCCGAGAAUGGCUCCGCCUCCACUUCAGGAGGCGGGACGGAGGAGGAGGAGGAAGAAGAAGCAGAGCGGCUUUCGCGGGUCGAGGAGCAGCGCAACCGAAGGAGCAGAGGGAUCGGCCGACUGCGGCGACUCCACCUCUAG